AACUGUAACCCUGACUGUACUAACAGGUUUCCAGGUUGUAGGUGUCGUUCUUCAUGUAGCACUAAACACUGUCCUUGCUUCUUAGCUGUGAGGAAGUAUGACCCUGACCUCUGCAGUACUUGUGGGGCAGGUGAUAAUCUUGAAAUGAAGUUCACUAUGUGUAAGAACGUGUCCAUACAAAGAGGUCAGAAGAAGCAUCUGCUGAUGGCUCCAUCAGAUGUUGCUGGCUGGGGCAUCUUCUUAAAAGACGGAGCAGAGAAGAAUGAAUUCAUCAGCGAAUACUGUGGAGAGAUAAUAUCACAAGAUGAAGCUGACAGGAGAGGGAAAGUGUAUGACAAGUACAUGUGUAGCUUUCUCUUUAAUCUUAAUAAUGAUUAUGUGGUUGAUGCCACUCGUAAAGGCAAUAAGAUCCGGUUCGCCAAUCACUCAGUCGAUCCAAACUGUUAUGCUAAAGUGAUGAUAGUUGGAGGUGAUCAUCGAAUUGGAAUAUUUGCUAAACACAACAUUGAGCUUGAGGAGGAGCUGUUUUUUGAUUACAGGUAACAAAAACCUAGCAUAAGAAUAAUUGG